AACGGUCGUACCGUAUCUUCCCGGGCUUUGCUGCGUUGGACCGCGUGCGGAUAUUGCCCUGUCUCAGCCGGGGCAUGGGUAUUAAGGUGAUUGCAGGGUGAGACGGAGUUCGACGAUAGACUAUCAUCACCCCCCCGUGUGUUGUGCGCACAAGAAGUAGUCUCGAUCGACAGGCGUGCUUUCUCAACGCGAUCUCGCCAACUCAUUGGAGCCUGACGUGUUGCCGGCUCCUUCGUCUCGUUAAGACCAACUCGACACUCAUUCCCCUCAGAGGAUCCCGCUACGAUGUACACUGCUCCUGCUCCAGACGACGGCCGUGUCCCAUCGACCUCACUGGAACCGACGCAUCCAGCACCGGGCACCCUCAUUGACAACGGUGCGCUUGAGCUCAUCGAAGUUCUCGGUGUCGGCGGGUACGGUGUCGUUUACCGUGCCGUCGAUGCCCACUCGCCGGCCUCGUCUCGGCAGUUCGCCGUCAAGUGCCUGCUGAACUCGCAGACUUGUGCGACGUCACGGAAGCGGCAACUGCACAUCCGGGAGAUAGCGCUGCACCAGCUGUCGAGUGCGCAUCCGAAUGUCGUGACGCUUCACCGCGUCGUCGAGGACGACAAGUAUACAUUUAUCAUUAUGGACUUUGCCCCAGACGGCGACCUCUUCUCCCAGAUCCUCUACGGCUGCCGCUAUCUUGGCAACACGAGGCUCAUCAAACACAUUUUCAACCAACUUCUCGACGCCGUCGAGUACUGCCACUCCUUGGGUAUCUAUCACCGCGACUUGAAGCCGGAAAACGUUCUUUGUUUCGACGGCGGUUACCGUGUGGCACUCACCGACUUUGGGUUGGCAACAACCGAGAAGUUGAGCGAGGAGUUCAGAACGGGCAGCGUUUACCACAUGAGUCCAGAAUGUCAAGGCGGGGAAUUUGCGCCCACGGGGUCCUACUCGCCCAUGUUCAAUGAUGUAUGGUCGCUCGGCAUCGUUUUGCUUAACCUCGCCACGGGCCGCAACCCGUGGAAAGCUGCGACGAUUUCCGACUCCACUUUCCGCGCAUACAUCCACAACCCGUCUGACUUCCUGUUGUCGGUUCUCCCCAUCUCUGCAGAGCUCAACGAUGUGCUCGUCCGCAUGCUCGAGCUCGACUGGAGGGACCGCAUCACCAUUGCGGAGAUCCGGGCCGCACUCGAGUCGGUCACGACAUUCUACUCGGAGGGCGCCGUGUUCGAUGGGAGCAUGGCGAGGUGCCCAUGGGAAGUCGGCGUCGACCUCGAGCCGGAUGCGGAGCCGUCCCCUGUUAAGGAGCUGGAGCAACCGCGCCACUCGAACUGGAGCGUGGAGUCGAGCCUCGUGUUUUCACACCCGCAGGCCACGAGCGACGCAUCCUCGAGCACGCAGUACUCGUCGUGCGGUGGCACGUGGGCUCUCGAUUCGCCAAGCGCGUCGGAGAUCCUCGCGGACAAGUUCAUGUUCGAACGGCCACGGUCGCCGCCUCCCAUCACGCUGCCAAUCUCGUCAUGUUCAUGUGACGAGCACAUUCCCGAGCCGCUUCCUGCGUCGCUUGGGGGCACGCGUAAGCCUCCUGCCCUGACCAUCAAUACGACGCGCCUCGGCCCGCAGUACUUCACUAUCAAGAACGCGAGCCUGGAUUCGUCGUCGACCGGGUCUUCAGCAAUGCAGACGGCAGUUGACGAGGAGGACCCUUGGGCGUCGUCUUUCUUCCUCGGCAGCUCCAAGGCGUCCAUGGUCGACUCGGCAAGCCUUCGAGUCGAGGCGGACAAAGACUCCGUGAUGACUUCGCCGCUGGUCUGGCAUCAUGGGCACUGCGCCGCGGACGACAUCUCGCGGUAUUGCUCGACACAAACAUCCUUCAUGGAUGACGAGGAGGAAGACUCCUCGGACUCGGAUCUCCGAUCGCCGACUCCAUCACCCACAGGCACCACCUGGGGCGACUCAUGUCAGUAUUCUUCGUCGUUCUGUUCUGUUGCCGACGCGUCUGUCCACCCAAGGUUCGGUGCCGAGGUCCCAGGGCGCAGCCACAAUAAAUACAACUCUCUGGAGCCGUUUCAGUCGUUUAUUUUUGAGGAGGCGUCUCCUUCUCCGUCUUUCGAGACUUGGCCUGCUCUUCCGAAUCCGAUCUCGCCGUCGUCGACUCAGGGCCAGCGGAUGAUCAGACCCCGUCCUUGGAUCUUCCGCGCCAAGUUGUUUGGGUCGAUAGGGCAUUGA